GUCACAAGUUCUGGUCAGGAUGCCAUGCAAGUGCCCUCUAGAAUUCACAUUUCUUCAGCAAGCAAAUCCACACAAAUUCCUGGUUUAUCUCACCUAUCCUCAUUGACUGUUGACAAAAAAGAAGUCAUGUCUUUCCCAGGUCCAUUUUCAAACAGAGAAUCCAUGCAAGCUCCUGAUACCUCUGACACAAGAUUACCACAGGAAGCUGUGCAAACUCUCUCUGAUCAGUAUGCCAUUCAAGUUCCCUCUAAAAUUCACACUCUUUCGAUAAGUAAAUCCACACAAAUUCCUGGUUUCACUCAUGUGUCUUCCUUGACUAUGAGCAAAGAUGAUGUCAUGACUUUCCAAAGUCUAUUUUCAAACACAGAAUCCAGGCAAGUUCCUGAUUUCUCUAACACAGGAUUGUCACAGGAACCUGAGAAAACUCCCUCUUCUAAUCACGUUAUAUCAGUGAACAAAUCCAUACAAGUUUUUAUUUCCUCUGAGCCACACACAUCCACAUCAUUCACAGAAGAAAUUUCAUCAUUCCCAGGUCUAAUUUCAUUAAAAGAAUCCAAACCAGUUCCUGAUGUCACUGCCACAAGUUCUGGUCAAGAUGCCAUGCAAGCUCCUUCUAGAAUUCAUUCUUUCUCUAUGAGUAAAUUCACACAAGUUCCUGGAUUCUCUCCCCUACCCUCAUCAACUAUUGAAACAGAAGAAAUGUCUUUUCCAAGUUCAUUUUCCUAUAGAAAAUACAUACACCUUUCUGAUUUUUCUGAUAGACGUUCACCUCAGCAAGCCACAGAAGUUCCCUCCACAACUCAUGCCAUUUCAAUGAGCCAAUAUACUCAGGUUCCUUCUUUCUCUGACCCAAGUUCAUCAACUGUAUGUGUAAAAGAUAUUUCAUCUUUCUUAGUUCCAAUUUCAUCAAGAGCAUCUAUUCAAUUUCCUGAAAUAAGUUUGCCAAGAGAAGCCGUACAAAUUCCCUCUACUUAUGCUGCUACUGCUAUUUGCAAAUCCACACAAAUUCCCUCUUCUUCUUCCCAAAGUUCAUCUACAGUAGGCAUAGAAGAUGCCUCAUCAGUUUCACCCAGAGAAUCUCAAGUUCCUGAUUUUGCUGAGAAAAGUUCACCAACAGAAGACAAACAAGUUUCCUAUACUUCUGGUACUGUUUCUAGAAGAAAAUCCACACAAGUCCCUUCAAGCCGAGGUAUAGGAGAGCUUCCAUCAUUCAUAGUUUCAGUUUCAUCAAAAGAGUCCAAACAAGUUCUUGACUCAUCUGACAUAAUUUCAACACAACUUAAACAAGUUCCCUUGAUCUCUGAUGCUACUUCAGCAAGUAAAUCUCCACAAGUUUUUUCUUCCUUGGUAUUAUAUACAUCAAACAAAUCUAUCCAAUUUCCCUCUUAUUCAGGUCUCAUUUCUUUGAACCAGUCUGUACAAGUUCCUUCUAUAUCUAGCACAAGUUCAGCAAGUGAGUCUACGGCAGUACCAUCUGUGACAGAACCAUAUUUAACAGAAUUGUCCAAGGAAUUUUCCACUUUACCUAGGGGAGCUUCACUAAGCAAACACGGGCAAAUUCCUCCUUUCUCUGGCACAAUUGCAUCAAGGGAAUACACAGGUGUUUCUUCUCUUUCAGGUAAACAUUCAAUACAAGAGUCAUUGGAAAUUCAUUCUGUCUCAAGUUCAACUUCAAAAGAAUUUAAAGAUAUUUCCUCUUUAUUAACACUGCAUUUAGAGAAAGAAUCCUUUCAAGAUCAUUCGAUAUCUUACUCAAGAUCAGUAGAAAGAGAUGCUGUUAUCUACAGUCAAAGUUCAAGAGAAGCUAGGGAAGUUUCUUUCCCUGCCCCUACUACCUCAAGCAAAUCUUUGCAAUUUCCUUCUUUUUCUGGCAUAAAUUUUCAAACUCUUGGUGUGUCUAGCCAAAAUUUAGAGAAUAAAUCCAUCCAAUUUCCUCCUCCAAAAGAAUCUGAAGAAUAUCCAGCAUUCUUUAGGACAAGUUCAGAGGCAGAAUCAAUACAAGGUGCAUCCUUCUCUAUUCCAAAUUCAGUAAGAGAAUCCUUUGAAUUUCCCAUUUUUUCCGGGCCAAGUUCAACAAAAGAAUCAUUAGCUCACCUUUCUUCUGAGUUAAGCUCAACAGACAGCAUAGUAAAAGAGAAGGCACAAUUGGCUACUUCAAGCUCACCUGGUAAAUCCAUAACUGAUUUCCAUUCCUCCAUACCUACUUUAUUGAGCAAAUCCAUACAAUUUCCUUCUUUCACAGUUACAAGUUUGACAAAAGAAUCAAUGGAAGUCCCUACUUUACCUAUGCCAAAGUCAAUGCAAGAAUCUAAACAAGAUUCAGCUCUCUCUGGUCCAGAUUCAUUUAAAGAAUUCUCUGAAUUUCCCAUGUUUUCUGGACCAAUUUCAACAAGGGAAUCCUUAGAAGCUACCUCUUCCUCUAGCUUAAGUUCCACAAAAGAAUUUUCAGAUGAUAGUACAGGUUCUGCCAAACCAAUUUCCCCAAAAGAAAUACCGCAGUCAUCUCUCAGAAAAUCCAAGAACAUUUCUUUUAGCCCCCAAAUGAUGUUAAUGAGCAAAACAAUACAAUUUCCUUCUUUCACAGGCCAUGCAUUAAAAGAAUACAUGGAAAUUGCUGCUUUGUCUGUGUCGAGUUCAAAAAGUGAUUCAAUACCAGGUCCCAUUCUUACCGUCCCAAAUCCAUUGAAAGAAACUUUUGAAUUUCCCAUUUUCUCUGGACCAAGUUCAAGAGAAUCUUUAGAAGAACCCUCUCUUUAUACUUCAAGGUUAUCAAAAGAAUGUACAGAAAUUGUCCCUUCUACUAAUAUAAGAUUACAAAGAGAAUCCACAGAGAGAGAGUGUACUGGCUCUUGUACCACAAGUUCACCUAGAAAAUCAAAAAAAGCUUCCCCUUCCUCCAGUCAGAGAGAAGUAAAUAUAUCCAUACAGUUUCCCUUUUUUUCAUGCCCAAAUGUUUUGUCUGUAUCAAAUCCAAAGAGAGAGCCCAUACCAGAUCUGAAUACCACUGGAAAAAAGUUACAAGAAUGCAUAGAAAUUCAUGCAUAUUCUGGGACCAGUUCAACAAGAGAUAAAGAAGUCUUCCCUUUAUUCCCUGCAAUUUCAUUAAGAGAAUCAAGAGAAAUUCUUCCUUUCUUUAACUUCAGAUCAAUAUGUUCAUCAGAGAAUGAGAAUAUCGAUUUCCCCAGUUCAAGUUCACAAAAACAAUUAAAACAAGUUUCACCUCCUCCUAGUCUCACAGCAUUUAGUGAAGAUACACAAUUUCCUUCCUUCCUGAGCCAAAAAAUUUUGUCUGCAGAAAGUUCACACAGAGAGUUCAUAGAAAGACCAGAUUUCAUUGAGACAAAAUCGAGAGAACAUUUGGACUUUUCCAUUGUCUCUGAGCCAAAUUCAACCAAAGAAUACAUAGAAGAACCUUUUUCCUUAGUUUCUUCCAACGAGGCUACAAAAGGUCUACCAUCAUACAGGUUACAUGACUCAGAGGAAUUUGCAGAGAGUAACAUCUAUUCUCCUACCUCAAUUUCACCAAGAGAAUCCAAACAAGUUUCUGCUACUCCUGUCCUAAAGUCAAUGAGUAAAGCUAUUCAAUAUCCUUCUUUGUCAGGCACAAGGGUUUUAUCUGUGGAAAGCUCACAGAAAAAGUCAAUACAAGGCCCAGAUUUCUCUGGAAAAAAAUCAUUGCAAAAAUUGGUACAAUCUUCCAUUUUACCUGGGCAAAGGGAAUCCUUAGAAAAUCCAAUUAUUUCCACUUCAAUUUCUUCAAAAGAAGCUACAAAUGGUCUUGCAUCAUCUGGUUCAAGAUCUAUAGUAGAAUGCAUAAGGAAUGAGAGGUUUCAGUUUGACAUUCCAAGUUCACCAACAGAAAUGAAAAAGAUUUCCCCUCCCACCCUUCUGUCACUAAAUAAAGCUAUACAAUUUCCUUCUUUCUCAAGCCAAAAAAACAAAUCUCUAGAGAGCUCACAGAGAGAGUCCAUAAAAGGUCCAGAAGUCUUUGAAACAACCUCAUUGCAGGAAUCUCUAGAAAUUUCUAUUAUUUUUGAGCCAAGUUCAACUAGAGAAUGUUUAAAAGUUCCCCCUAUUUCCACUUUAACUACUUCAAAAGAAACUGCUUCAGAUUUCUCUAAAUCAAAAUCAUUGCAAAAGUCAUUGGAUUUUUUGUGUAUUUCUGGGCCAAAGUCAACAAGAGAAUCUUCAGAAGUUCCUCCUCUUUCUACUUCAACAACUUUAAGAGAGGCUAAAGAAGAUCUCGUAUCACCUGGCUUACAUUCUACAGACCAAUUUGCAGAAACUGAGAGUAUACAACCUGCAAUCCAAAGCUCACAAACACAAUCCAAACAUGUUUCCUCUCCUAGAAAAAUGACACUAAGCAAAGCUAUACAAUAUCCUUCUUUCUCUCGUAUAGGGGCUUAUUCUGGGGAAAGAUCUCCUGGAGAGUUCAUACAAAGUCCAGAUGUCUCAGAUUCAAAAGAAUUGAGAGAAUCUUUGGAAUUUUCCAUUAUUCACAGGCCAAGUUCAACAAGAAAAUCCUUUGAAAUUUCCAAUCUUUCAAUUUCACCUUUUUCAAAAGGAACUGCAGAAGGUCUUCCAUCAUCACACUUGCAUUCUCCAGAAUUUGCAGAGGAUGAGAUUGUCCAGUCAACCAAAGAAAGAUCACAAAGCGAAACCAAGCAAGCUUCACCAUCUCCUAGCUUUAUGUCACUGAGUAAAGGCAAACAAUUUCCUUCUACCUCAGGAACAAAAGUUUUGGCUCUGGAAAGUUCAUGGAGAGAAUCCAUACAAGGACUAAAUUUCCCAGAAUCAGAAUUAUUGGAUGAAUCAUUGGAACACACUAUUAUCUCAGGGCCAAGUUUAACAAAAGAAUCCUUAGAAGGUCAUCCUGUUAGCACUUCAAUUUCUUCAAAAGGAGUUGCAUCAUCUGGCUUGCAUUCUCCAGAAGAAUUUGCAGAGAAUGAGGGUGUUCAGUUUUCCACCUCAAGGUCACCAAAAGAAUCCAAACAGGCAUUGGUUCCAUCUACAUUUAAGUCAACAACUAAAGCUGUACAAUUUCCAUCUUACUUGGGCAUGAGGACCUUGUCACUUCAAAGUUCACAGAGAGAAUCCAUACAAGGGUCAGACUUCUCUGACUCUAAAUCACUGCAAAAAUCGUUUGAAUAUGCAGUUAGUUUUGAUGAAACAAGUUCAUCAGGAGAAUCAUUAGCAGAACCUCUUCCUUUUGCAGAGGAUGAAAGUAUAUCUGAAACCCCAAGUGCACAAAAAGAAUCCAAAAAAGCAUUACUAGCUGCCAGCUUUAGGUCAACAAGUAAAAUUAGACAAUUUCCUUCUCAUUCAGGUGCAGGGGUUUUGUCUCCUGUUUAUCAAGAGACAAGUUCAUCAGGAGAAUCCUUGGGACUACCUCCUCCAUUUGCAGAGAAAGAAAGUGCCCUUUCUGUAAUUCCAAGUCCAGAAAUAGAAUCCAAACAGGGAGUGCCUCCUCCUAACUUAAUGUCAACAAGUAAAGCUAUACAAGUCCCCUCUUACAUGGACUCAAGGGUAAUGGUUCUUGAAAUCUCACAGAAAGAAUCCACACAAGCGUCUGAUUUUACCACAUCAAAAUCAGUGCAAGAUCCUUUGGAAAGUUUCAUUAUAUCUGGGCCUAGUUCCUUAAGAGAAUCAUUAGGAGUAUCUCUUCCUUUUCCAGAGGAAAACAGUGUCCUUUCUGCCACACCAAGUUCACCAAGAGAAUACAAGCAGGCAGGGCCUUCUGCUAACUUGAUAUCAACAAGUAAAGCUAUACAAUUUCCUCCUUACCCAGGAACAACAGCUUUAUCUCUUGAUAAAUCCAUACAACGGCCAGAUUUCAUUGGAUCGAAAUCAUUGCAGGAAUCUUUUGAAUAUUCUAUUAUUUUGGAGCAAAAUUCAUUAGAAGAAUCAUUAGCAGGACCUCUUCCAGUUGCAGAAAAUGAAAGUGUCACAUCUGCAUCCCAAAGUCCGCCAAGAGAAUCCAAACAAGCAUUUCUGUCUCCCAGCUUUAUGUCAACAAGAAAGAUCAGACAAUUUCCAGACACAGGGGGUUUAUCUCUUGAAAACUCACAGAGAGAAGUCAUACAAGCUUCAGACCUCUCUGACUUAAAAUCAUUGAAAGAACCUUUGGAAUAUUUCACGAGCUCUAGGCCAAGUCCAUCAAGAGAAUCAUUAGGAGAACCUCUUCCUUUAGCAGACAAUGAAAGAGGGCUAUCUACAAGUCCAAGUGCACCAAGAGAAUCUGAACAGGCAUUGCCAUCUCCUAGUUUUGUGUCAAGAAGUAAAGGUACACAAUUUCCUUCUUACUCUGGAACAAGAGUUUUGUCUCUUGAAAGCUCAAAGAGAGAAGCCAUAGAUGAAUCAGCUGUCUAUGAAUCAAAAUCAUUACAAAAAUCUUUGAAAUAUGCCAUUAGCUAUGGGUCAAGUUCAUCAAGAGAAUUCUUAGAACUACCUCUUCCAUUUGCAGAGGAAGAAAGUGCCCCAUCUGCCACCCCAAGUCCACAAAGAGAAUCCAGCCAAGAAUUGCUACCUCCUAGUUUUAAAUCAAUAAGCAAAGCUAAACAAUAUCCAUCUUACUUGGACUCAGGGGUCUCAGGUCUUGAAAGCUCACAGAUAGAAUCCAUACAAAGGCCUGAUUUUACCAAAUCAAAAUCAAUGCAAGAUUCUUUGGAAUAUUUCAUUAUGCCUGUACCUAGUUCCUUAAGAGAAUCUAUAAGAGUAUCUCUUCCUUUUCCAAAGAAAGACAGUGUCCUAUCUGCAACCCCAACUACACCAAGAGAAUAUAAGCAGGCUGAGUCAACUUCUACCUUAAUGCCAACAAAUAAAUCUAUGCAAUUUCCUUCAGACACAACAGUUUUGUCCCUUGAAAUCUCCAAGAGAAAUUCCAUACAAGGACCAGAUUUUUCAGAUUCAAAAUCAUUGCAAGAAUCUUUGAAAUAUGUUAUUACCUCUGGACCAAGUUCAUCAGAAGAGUCAAUUGCAGGACUGCAUCAUUUUAUAGAGGAUGAAAAUGUCAUGUCUAUAGCCCCAAGUCCACCAAGAGAAUUCAAACAAGCAUUGCAACAUCCUAACUUUAUAUCCACAAGUAAGAAAAGACAAUCUCCUUACUCAGGUACAGGGGUUUUCUCUCUUGAAAACUCACAAAGAGAAUCCAUACAAGAGUCAGAUUUCUCUGACUUAAGAUCAUUACAAGAAUCUUUGGAAUAUUCCAUUAGUUCUGAACCAAGGUCAUCAAAAGAAUCUUUAGGCGUGUCUCUUAUUUUUCCAGAGAAUGACAGUGUUCCAUCUAGAACCCCAAGUCGAAUAGGAGAAUACAAAGAGGCACUAACAUCUUCUAACUUAAUGUCAACAAGUAAAGCUAUACAAUUUCCAUCUUAUUCUGGCACAAGAGUGUUGUCAAUUAAAAGCUCAGAGAGAGAAGCCACAGAAGGAACAGCCUUCUCUGACACAAAAUCAUUGCAAGAAUCUUUGGAAUAUUCUAUUAGCUCUGGGCCAAGUUUAUCAAGAGAAUCAUUAGGACUACCUCUUCCAUUUGCAGAGAAUGAAAGUAUCCUAUCUGCAACCUCAAGAGAAUCCAAACAGACAUUGCCUCCUUCUAACUUAAUGUCAACAAAUAAAGCUAUACAAUUUCCAUCUUACUUGGAUUCAACGGUCUUGGUUCUUGAAAUCUCACAGAGAGAAUCCACACAAGGGUCUGAUUUUACCAAAUCAAAAUCAGUGCAAGAUUCUUUGGAAUACUUCAUUGUCUCUGGGCCUAGUUCCUUAAGACAAUCAGUAAGACCACCUCUUCCUUUUCCAGAGGAAGACAGUGCUCUUUCUGCAACCCCAAGUUCACCAAGAGAAUACAAGCAGGCAGGGCCUCUUUCUAAUUUAAUAUCAACAAGUAAAGAUACACAAUUUCCUCCUUAUUCAGUUUUGUCUCUUGAAAGCUCACAGAGAGAAUCCAUAGAAGGGCCAGAUUUCACUGUCUCAAAAUCACUGCAGGAAUCUUUGGAAUAUUCCUUUGGGUCAAGGUCAAAUUCAUUAGAAGAAUCAUUAGCAGGACCUGUUCCAUUUGAAGAAAAUGAAAGUAUCAUAUCUACAACUCAAAGUCCACCAAGAGAAUCCAAACAAGUAUUGCUGCCCCCCAGCUUUAUGUCAACAAGUAAGACUAGACAAUUCUCUUCUCACUUAGGCACAGGUGGGUUAUCUCUUGAAAGCUCACAGAGAAGAGCCAUACAAGCCCCAGACCUCUCUGACUUAAGAUCAUUGAAAGAAUCUUUGGAAUAUUUCACGAGCUCUAGGCCAAGUCCAUCAAGAGAAUCAUUAGGAGAACCUCUUCCUUUAGCAGACAAUGAAAGAGGGCUAUCUACAAGUCCAAGUGCACCAAGAGAAUCUGAAUGGGCUUUGCCGCCUCCUAGCUUUGUAACAAAUAAAGGAACACAAUUUCCUUCUUUCUCUGGAACAAGAGUUUUGUCUGUGGAAAGCUCACAGAGAGAAGCCAUAGAAAGACCAGCCAUCUCUGAAUCUAAAUCAUUACAAGAAUCUUUGCAAUAUGCCAUUGGCUAUGGGCCAAGUUCAUCAAGAGAAUCAUUGGAACUACCUCUUCCAUUUGCAGAGGAGGAAAGUGUCCCAUCUGCCAUCCCAAGUGCACCAAGAGAAUCGCCUCCUCUGAGCUUUAUGUCAAGUAAAGGAACACAAUUUCCUUCUUUCUCUGGAACAAGAGUUUUGUCUAUUGAAAGCUCACAGAGAGAAGCCAUAGUAAAACCAGCCAUCUCUGACUCAAAGUCAUUACAAGCAUCUUUGGAAUAUGCCAUUAGCUAUGGGCCAAGUUCAUCAAGAGAAUCAUUGGAACUACCUCUUCCAUUUGCAGAGGAGGAAAGUGUCCCAUCUGCCAUCCCAAGUGCACCAAGAGAAUCCAAACAGGCAUUGUCUCCUCCAAGCUUUAUGCCAACAAGUAAAGGAACACAAUUUCCUUCUUUCUCUGGAACAAGAGUUUUGUCUGUUGAAACCUCACAGAGAGAAGCCAUCGAAAGUCCACCCAUCUCUGAAUCUAAAUCAUUACAAGAAUCUUUGGAAUAUGCCAUUAGUUAUGGGCCAAGUUCAUCAAGAGAAUCAAUAGGACUACCUCAUCCAUUUGCAGAGAAGGAAAGUGUCCCAUCUGCCACACCAAGUCUACCAAAAGAAUUCAAACACACAUUGCUACCUCCUAGUUUUGAAUCAAGUAAAGUUGUACAAUUUCCAUCUCACUUGGACUCCAGGGUCUUGAUUCCUGAAAGCUCAAAGAGAGAAUCCAUACAAGGGUCUGAUUUUACCAAAUCAAAAUCAAUGCAAGAUUCUUUAGAAUAUUUCAUUAUUCCUGGGUCUAGUUCUUUAAGUGAAUCAUUAGGAGUAACUCUUCCUUUUUCAGAGAAAGAUGGUGUGCUAUCUAUAACCCCAAGUACACCAGGAGAAUACAAGCAGGGAGGGCCAGCUUCUACCUUAAUGUCAAGUAAAUCUGUACAAUUUCCUUCUUACUCAGGCACACCAAUUUUUUCUCUAGUAAGCUCACCAAGAGAAUCCAUUGAAAGAGCAGGUUUCUCUGACUCAAAAUCAUUGCAAGAAUCUUUGGAAUAUGCCAUGACCUCUGGACCAAGUUCAUCUGGAGAAUCAUUAGUAGGACCCCUUCCCUUGGCAAGGGAUGAAAAUGUCAUACCUGCAACCCCAAGUAUUCAAAGAAAGUCCAAACAAGCAUUGCUACAUCCCAGCUUUAAUACAAGACAAUUUCCUUCUUACUCAGGCACAGAGGUUUCGUUUCUUGAAAACUCACAAAGAGAAUCCCUAAGAGCACCAGAUUUCUCUGACUUAAAAUCAUUACAAGAAUCUUUAGAAUAUUCCAACAGCUCUGAAGCAAGUUCAUCGAAAGAAUCAUUAGCAAGACCUCAUACUUUUCCAGAGAAUGACAGUGUCCUAUCUGAAACCCCAAGUCCACCAAGAGAAUCCAAACAGGUCUUGCUGCCUUCUAAUUUAAUGUCAAUAAGCAAAGCUAUACAAUUUCCUUCUUAUGUGAGUAUGAGGGUUUUGUCUCUUGAAAGAACACAGACAGAAUCUAUAGAAAGACCAGCUAUCUCUGACUCAAAAUCAUUACAAGAAUCUUUAGAAUAUCCCAACAGUUCUGAACCAAGUUCAUCAAGAGAAUCCUUAGGACUACUUCUUCCAUCUGCAGAGAAGGCAAGUCUCCCAUCUACCAUCCCAAGUCUACCAAGAGAAUCCAAACAGGCAGUGCCUCCUCCUAAUUUAAUUUCAACAAGCAAAGCUAUACAAUUUCCUUCUUACUCAGGUACAAAGGUUUUGUCGAUUGAAAGCUCACAGAGAGAUUCUAUAGAAGGACCAGCUAUCUCUGACUCAAAAUCAUUACAAAAAUCUUUGGAAUAUUCCAUUAGCUCUGGACCAAGUUCAACAAGAGAAUCAUUAGGAUUACUUCUUCCAUCUGCAGAAAAUGAAAGUGUCCCAUCUACAAUCCCAAGUCCACUAAGAGAAUCCAAACAAGCAUUACACCCUCCUAGUCUUAAGUUAACAAGUAAAGCUAUACAAUCUCCAUCUUACUUGGCUUCAAGAGGCAUGGUUCUUGAAAUCUCACAAAAAGGACCCAUACAAGAGUCCAAUUUUACGGAACCAAAAUCACUGCAAGAGUCUUUAGAAUAUUUCAUUAUUUCUGGGCCUGGUUCCUUAAGAGAAUCAGUAAGAGUAGCUCUUCCUUUUCCAGAAAAAGACAGUGUCCUAUCUGCAACCCCAACUCCACAAAGAGCAUAUAAGGAGGCAGGGCCUCCUUCUAACUUAACAUCAAUAAGUAAAGCUAUACAAUCUCCUCCUUAUUCAAUUUGGUCUCUUGAAAGCUCACAGAGAGAAUCCAUAGAAGGGCCAGAUUUCACUGUCUCAAAAUCACUGCAGGAAUCUUUGGACUAUUCCCUUGGGUCGGGGUCAAAUUCAUUAGAAGAAUCAUUAGCAGUACCUCUUCCAUUUGAAGAGAAUGAAAGUGUCAUAUCUGCAACUCAAAGUCCACCAAGAGAAUCCAAACAAGCAUUGCCGCCUCCUAGCUUUAUGUCAACAAGUAAGACUAAUCAAUUUCUUUCUUAUUUGGGUACAGAGGUUUUAUCUCCUGAAAGCUCACAGACAGAAGCCAUGCAAGCCCCAGAUUUCUCUGACUUAAAAUCAUUGCAGGAAUCCUUGGAAAAUUUCAUCAGCUCUGAGCCAAGUUCAUCAAGGGAAUCAUUAGGAGGAUCUCUUCCUUUAGCAGAGAAUGAAAGAUGGUUAUCCAUUAAUCCAAGUCCACAAAGAAAAUAUGAACAGGCAUUGCCUUCUCCUACCUUUGUGUCAACAAGUAAAGGUACACAGUUCCCUUCUUUCUCUAGAACAAAGGUUUUGUCUCUUGAAAGCUCACAGAAAGAAGCCACAGAAAGACCAUUCAUCUUGGAUUCAAAAUCUUUGCAAGGAUCUUUGGAAUAUGCUAUUAGCUCUGGGUUAAGUUCAUCAAGAGAAUCCUUAGGACUACCUCUUCCAUUUGCAGAGAAGGAAAGUGUACCAUCUGCCACCUCAAGUCCACUAAGAGAAUCCAAACAGGAAUUGCCGCCUCCUAGCUUUAAGUCAACAAGUAAAGCUAUACAAUUUCCAUCUUUCUUGGACUUAACAGUCUUGGUUCCUGAAAGCUCACAGAGAGAAUCCAUACAAGGAUCUGAUUUUACCAAAUCAAAAUCACUUCAAGAUUCUUUGGAAUAUUUCAUUAUGCCUGGGCCUAGUUCCUUAAGAGAAUCAGUAGGAGUACCUCUUCCUUUUCAAGAGAAUGAUAGUGUCCUAUCUGAAACUCCAAGUCAACAAGGAGAAUACAAGCAAGUUCCACCUUCUUUUUACUUAAAGUCUACAAGUAAAGCUAUACAAUUUCCUUCAAGUACAAGGGUUUUGUUUCUUGACAGCUCACAGAGAGAAUCUAUAGAAGGACCAAUUGUCUCUGACUCAAAAUCAUUACAAGAAUCUUUGGAAUAUUCCAUUAGUUCUGGGUCAAUUUCAUCAAGAGAAUCAUUAGAAUUACCUUUUCCAUUUGUAGAGAAUGAAAAUUUCCUAUCUGCAACUCCAAGUCCACCAAGAAAAUCCAAACAGGAAUUGCUUCCUCCUAGUUUUAAGUCAACAAGUAAAGCUAUACAAUUUCCAUCUUUCUUGGAUUUAACACUCUUGGUUCCUGAAAGCCCACAGAGAGAACCCACACAAGAGUCUGAUUUUACCAAAUCAAAAUCAAUGCAAGAUUCUUUGGAAUAUUUCAUUAUGCCUGGGCCUAAUUCCUUAAGAGAAUCAGUAAGAGUACCUCUUCCUUUUCCAGAGAAAGACAGUGUCCUAUCUGCAAUCCCAAGUAGAGCAGAAGAACACAAGCAGGCAGAGCCGCCUUCUACCUUAAUGUCAACAAGUAAAUCUGUACAAUUUCCUUCUUACUCGGGUACAAAGAUUUUGUACCUUGGAAGCUCAAUGAGAGAUUCCGUACAAGGACCAGAUUUUGCUGACUCAAAAUCUUUGCAAGAAUCUUUGGAAUAUGCCAUUAUCUCUGGGUCGAGUUCAUCAGUAGAAUCAUUAGCAGGACCUCUUCCUUUUGCAGAGGAUGCAAGUGUCACAUCUGCAACCCCGAGUGCACCAAGAGAAUUCAAACAAGCAAUGGUGCCUCCUAGCCUUACAUCAACAAGUAAAACUAGACAAUUUCCUUCUUAUUCAGACACAUAUCCUGAAAACUCACAGAGAAAAUUCAUACAAGGGCCAAAUUUCACAGACUCAAAAUCAUUGCAGGAAUCUUUGGAAUAUUCCACUUGGUUGGCGCCAAAUUCAUUAGAAGAAUCAUUAGCAGUGCCUUUUCCUUUUGCAGAGGAUGGAAGUGUCCUAUCUGCAACCCAAAGUCAACCAGGAAAAUACAAGCAGGCAGAGACUCCUACUUUAAUGUCAACAAGUAAAUCUAUACAAUUUCCUUCCUACUCGGACAUAAGGGUUUUGUCUCUUGAAAGCUCAAGGAGAGAAUCCAUAGAAGGACCAUCCUUCUCUGACACAAAUUCUUUACAAGAAUUUUUGGAAUAUCCCAUUAGCUCUGGGCCAAGUUCAUCAAGAGAAUCAUUAGCAGGACUUCUUCCAUUUGCAGAGAAUGAAAGUAUACUAUCUGCAACCCCAAGUACACAAAGAGAAUCCAAGCAAGCACUGCUACCUCUUAGCUUUAUGUCAACAAGUAAGACUAGACAAUUUUCUUUUUACUCAGACUCAGGGGGUUUGUCUCUUGAAAGCUCACAGAGGGAAGCCAUACAAGCCCCAGCCUUGUCUGACAUAAAAUCAUUGCAAGAAUCUUUGGAAUAUUUCAUUAGCUCCAAGGCAAGUUCUUCAAAAGAAACAUUAGGAGCACUUCCUCCUUUAGCAGACAAUGAAAGAGAGCUCUCUACAACAACAAGUCCACCAAGAGAAUCCGAACAGGCAUUGUCACCACCUAGCUUUAUGUCAAGUAAAGGUAUACAAUUCCCUUCUUACACUGGGACAAGUGUUUUGUCUCUUGAAGGUUCACAGAGAGAAUCCAUAGAAGGACCAGAUUUCUCUGACUCAAAAUCAAUGCAAGAAUCUUUGGAAUAUUCCAUUAGCUCUGGGCCAAGUUCAUCAAGAGAAUCAUUAGGACUACCUCUUCCAUUUGCAGAGCAAGAAAGUGCCCCAUCUGCCAUCCCAAGUGUACCAAGAGAAUCCAAACAAGCAUUGCACCCUCCUAGUUUUAAGUCAACAAGUAAAGCUAUACAAUUUUUAUCUUACUUGAUGCUUCAAACUUCUCAGAAAGAAUCCAUACAGGAAUCCGAUUUCACUGAUUCAAAAUCAUAUGAAAAGUCUUUGGAAUAUGCCAUUAGGUUUCAGACAAGUUCUUUAAGAGAAUCAUUAGAAGUACCUCUUCCUUUUCCAGAGAAAGACGAUAUGCUAUCUGCAACUCCAAGUACACCAGGAGAAUACAAGGAGACAUGGUCUUCUUCUAACUUAAUUUCAACAAGUAAAACUGUACAAUUUCCUUCUUACUCAGAUACAAUGAUUUUAUCUGUUGAAAGCUCACCAAGAGAAUCCAUACAAGAACAAGCUUUUUCUGACUCAAAAUCACUGCAAGAAUCUUUGGAAUAUGCUAUUAGCUCUGAACAAAGUUCAUCAGCAGAAUCAUUAGCAGGAUCUCUUCCUUUUGCAGAGGAUGAAAAUGUCAUAUCCACAAUCCCAAGUUCACCAAGAGAAUCCAAAGAACAAUUGCUGCCUUCUAGUUUUAUGUCAACAAAUAAGACUAGACAAUUUCCUCUUUAUUCAGGCUCAGGGGUUUUGUCUCUUGAAAACCCACAGAAAGAAUCUACACAAGAGCCAGCCUUUUCUGACUCAAAAUCAUUGCAAGAAUCUUUGAAAUAUUUCAUUACCUCUGAGCCAAGUUCAUUAAGAGAAUCAUUGGGACUGCCUAUCCCAUUUUCAGAGAAUGACGGUGUCCUAUCUUCAGCUCCAAGUCUUCCAAGAGAACUCAAACAGGCACUGGCUUCUAUUAGUGUUAAGUCAACAAGUAAAGUUUCCAAAGAAGCAUUGACACUUCCUAGUUUUAUGUCAACAAGUAAGGCUAUACAAUUUCCUUCUUUCUCAGGCACAAAAAUUUUGUCUCUUGAAAGCACACAGAGAGAAUCAAUACAAGGCCCAGAUUUCUCUGAUUCAAACUCAUUGCAAAAAUCUUUGGAAUAUUCCAUUGGCUCUCAGCCAAGGGCCUCCAGGGAAUCACUGGUAGUACCUCUUCCCUUUACAGAGAAUGAAAUUCUUCUAUCUGCCACUGCAGUUCCACAACAAGAAUCCAAAGAGGCAUUGUCUCCUCCUAGUUUUAAGUCAACAAGUAAUACUAGACAAUUUUCAUCUUACUCAGGCACAGCAGUUUUGUCUCUUGAAAGCACACAAAGAGAAAUCAUACAUGGACAAGAUAUCUCUGAAUCAAAAUCAUUGCAAAAAUCUUUAGAAUAUGCCAUUAGGUCUGAACCAAGUUCAUCAAAGGAGUCAUUAGCAGUACCUCUUACUUUUGCAGAGAAUGAAAUUCUUUCUGCACCUGCAAUGCCACAAAGAAAAUCCAAAGAGCCAUUGUUGUCGCCUAGUUUUAAAUCAACAAAUAAGACUAGACAAUUUCCUUCUUCCUCGGGGGUUUUGUCUCUUAAAAGCUCACAGAGAGAAUCCACACAAGGGCCAGCCCUCUCUGACUUAAAAUCAUUGCAAGAAUCUUUGGAAUAUGCCAUUACCUCUGGGUCACGUUCACCAGGAGAAUCAUUAGAAGCUCCUCUUCCUUUUGCAGGGAAUGAAAAUGUUCUAUUUGCAACCUCAACUACACAAAGAGUAUCCACAUUGACAGAGAGUCCUUCUGGCUUUAUAUUCAGAAGUAAAGCUAUACAAUUUCCUUCUUACUCGGGCACAGUGGUUUUGUCUCCUGAAAGCUCACGCAGAGAAUCCAUACAAGGACCAGACUUCACUGACUCAAAAUCAUUGCAAGAAUCUUUGAAAUAUUACUUUAGAUCUUGGCCAUCUUCAUCAGAAGAAUCAUUGGCUGGACCUCUUCCAUUUGCAGAAAAUGAAAGUGUCCUACCUGACAUUCAAAAUUCACCAAGGAUUUCCAAAGAAGCAUUGAUGCUCCCUAAUUUUAUGUCAACAAGUAAGGCUAUACAAUUUCCUUCUUACUCAAGCUCAACAGUUUUAUCUCUUGAAAGCUCAAGGAGAGAAUCAAUACAAGGACUAGAUUUUUCUGACUCAAAGUCAUUGCAAGAAUCUUUGGAAUCUUUGGAACCAAGUUCAUCAAGGGAAUCAUUACCAAUACCUCUCCGUUUUACAGAGAAUGAAAUUUUCCUAUCUGUACCUCUAACUCCACAAGAAUCCGAAGAGCCAUUGUCUUCUCCUAGUUUUGAGUCAACAGGUAAGACCAGACAAUUUCCUUCUCACUCAAGCUCAGAGGUUUUGUCUCUGGAAAGCUCACAGAAAGAAUACAUACAAGAGCCAGAUUUCACUGAUUUAAAAUCAUUGCAAGAAUCUGUGGAAUAUGUCAUUAGUUCUGUACCAAGUACAUCAGGAGAAUCAUUAGGAGGACCUCUUUCAUUUGCAGAGAAUAAAAAUAUAUCUGACACCCAAAGUCCAACAAGAGUUUCCAAAGAAGCAUUGACACUUCCUAGCUUUAUGUCAACAAGUAAGGCUAUACAAUUUCCUUCUUUCUCAAACACAACAGUUUUAUCUCUUGAAAGCUCAAGGAGAGAAUCAAUACAAGAAUUACAUUUCUCUGACUCAAAGUCAUUGCAAGAAUCUUUGGAACAUGCAUUUAGCUCUAAACCAAGUUCAUCAAGGGAAUCAUUACCAAUACCUCUUCCUUUUACAGAGAAUGAAAUUCUCCUAUCUGCAACUCCAACUCCACAACAAGAAUCUGAAGAGCCAUUGUCUCCUUCUAGUUUUAAGUCAACAAGACAGACCAGACAAUUUCCUUCUCACUCCAGCUCAAGGGUUUUGUCUCUUGAAAGCUCACAGAAAGAAUACAUACAAGAGCCAGAUUUCAAUGAUUUAAAAUCAUUGCAAGAAUCUUUGAAAUAUACCAUUAGCUCUGUACCAAGUACAUCAGGAGAAUCAUUAGGAGGACCUCUUUCAUUUGCAGAAAAUAAAAGUAUAUCUGAAUCCCAAAGUCCAACAAGAGCUUCCAAAGGAGCAUUGACACUUCCUAGUUUUAUGUCAACAAAUAAGGCUAUACAAUUUCCUUCUUUCUCAGGCACUAUGGUUUUAUCUCUUGAAAGCUCACGGAGAGAAUCAAUACAAGGCCCAGAUUUCUCUGACUCAAAGUCAUUGCAAGAAUCUUUGGAAUAUGCCAUUAGCUCUGGACCAAGUUCAUCAAGGGAAUCAUUAGCAGUAACUCUUCCUUUUGCAGAGAAUGAAAUUCUUUUUGCAACUGCAAUGCCACAAAGAGAAUCCAAAGAGCCAUUGUCUCCUCCUAGUUUUAAGUCAACAAUUAAGACUAGACAAUUUCUUUCUUACUCGGGCUCAAGGAUUUUGGCUCUUGAAAGCUCCCAGAGAGAAUCCACACAAGGGCCAGCCCUCUCUGACUUAAAAUCAUUGCAAGAAUCUUUGGAAUAUGCCAUUACCCCUGGGUUACAUUCAUCAGGAGAAGCAUUAGAAGUUCCUUUUCCUUUUGCAGGGAAUGAAAGUGUUCUAUUUACAACCCCAACUCCACAAAGAGAAUCCAAAUUGACAGAGAGUCCUUCUGGCUUUAUGUUCAGAAGUAAAGCUAUACAAUUUCCUUCUUACUCAGGCACAAUGGUUUUGUCUCCUGAAAGCUCACGUAAAGAAUCCAUACAAGGACCAGAUUUCACUGACUCAAAAUCAUUGCAAGAAUCUUUGAAAUAUUACUUUAGAUCUAGGCCAUCUUCAUCAGAAGAAUCAUUAGCUGGACCUCUUCCAUUUGCAGAAAAUGAAAGUGUCCUACCUGACAUUCAAAGUCCACCAAGGGUUUCCAAAGAAGCAUUGAUGCCUCCUAAUUUUAUGUCAACAAGUAAAGCUACACAAUUUCCUUCUUAUUCAAGCACAACAGUUUUGUCUCUUGAAAGUUCACGAAGAGAAUCAAUACAAGGGCCAGAUUUCUCGGACUCAAAGUCAUUGCAAGAAUCUUUGGAAUAUGCCAUUAGCUCUGGACCAAGGGCCUCAAGAGAAUCAUUAACAAUCAUAUCAGCCACUCUUAGUCCACCCAGUGGAUCCAAAUCAGCAUUAGCUCCUUCUAACUUUAUGUCAACAAGUAAAGCUACACAAUUUCCUUCUCACUUGGACACAAGUGUUUUGUCUGUUACAUACUCAUUGGGAGAAUCCAUACAAGGGCCAGAUCUCUCUGAAUCAAAAUCAUUAGAAGAACCCAAAAUCAUUUCCAUAGUAUCUGGGCCAAGUUCAAUAAAAGAAUCUUUAGAAAUACUACCUAUUCUUUCCAUUUCAACUUCCUCAAAAGAAGUUGUUGAAGGUCUUCCAUCAUCUGGCUUUCAUUCUCCAGAAGAAUUUGCAGGGAAUGAGAAUGAUCAGUUUGUAACCUUAAGUUCACCAAGAGAAUCUGAACAAGCUUCCCCUUCUAGAUUUAUGUCAUCAAGUAAGGAUAUACAAUUACAUUCUUCCUCAGACAUAAGGGUUAUAUCUGUAGAAAGUUCACAAAGAGAAUCAAUAGAAGCUCUGGAUAUCUCUAAAUCAAAAUCAUUGCAGCAAUCAUUGGACUCUUCUAUUACUUCUGGACCAAGUUCAACAAAAAAGUCCUCAGAAGUUCCUCCUUUUUCUACUUCAACUUCUCUAAAAGAUGCUACUGGUCUUAAAUCACCUGGCUUGCAUUCUAUAGAUGAGUAUGUAGAGGAGAGUGGCCAUUCUGCCAUCCAAAGUUCAAAAAUAGAAUCCAAACAAGCUUUCUCACCUACAAGAAAAAUGUCACUGAACAAGGAUAUACAGUAUUUUUCUUUCACAAUCACACAAGUUUCUUCUAUAGAGAAUUUGCAGCAAAAGUCCAAACAAGGUCAAGAUGUGCCUGACUCAAAAUUACUGGAAGAACCUUUGGACAUUAUCCAUAUCUCUGUGCCACAUUCAACAAAAGAAUCCUUAGAAAAUUCUUUUUUUCCCAAUUCACCUUCAGCCUCAGAAAAUCUCCUACCAUCUAUCUUUAAGUCUUCAAAUGAAAUUACAAGGGGAAAAAGUGUCCAAUCUGAAACCAUAUCUUCACCAAAAGAAUCCAAAGCAUUUUCCUUUCGAUCCAGCUUUAAAUCACUGACUAAAGCUGUACCCUUUCCUUCUUUCUCCACCCAGAAAAGUUCAAUGCCUGACACCUCAAAGAAAGAGUGCCUCCAUGGUCAUUUGUGUGAUUCACAAUCAGUGUGGGAAUCUUUGGACUUUUCUAGUAUUUCUGGAUCAGAUUCAACAAAAGAACCAUGGGGAGCUCCUCGUCAUUCAAGCUCAUAUUCUCCAAAAACCGUGGGAACUCUUCCCUCACCUAGCCUGAAGUCUUCAACAGAAAUUACAAAGAAACCGAGUGUCCAGUCUGACACUUCACCAAAAGAAUCCAAAACAUUUUCUUUUCGUUCCAGCCUUAAAUCACUGACUAAAGGUAUGCCAUUUUCUUCUUUCUCUACCCAGAAAGAUUCAAUACCUGAAAGUUCAAGGAAAGAGUGCCUCCCUGGUCAUGUGUGUGACUCAUCAGUGUGGGGAUCUUUGGACUUUUCUGCCAUUUCUGGACCAAGUUCACAGAGAGAAUCUACAAAAGCUCCUCCUCGUUCCCCUUCAACUACUUUGAAAACAGUUAUGGAAGACCUUCCAUCAUCUCACCUGAGAUCUUCAAUAGAAAUUACCCAAAAAAAGAGUGUCCAGUCUAACAUUUUAACUUCACCAAAAGAAUCCAAAGAACUUUCCCCUCUUUCUAGCUUCAUAUCACCAAGUAAAACUGCAAAACUUACUUCUUUCUUGGACAAAAUAUUUUUGUCUAUGGAAAGUUCACCAAGCGAAUCCACACAAGGCCUAAAUGUGUCUGAUUCAAAACCAUUGCAAAAACCUUUGGAUUCUUCCAUUACCUCUGAGCCAACAUCAAGAGAAUUAUUGGAAGUUCCUCUUCUUUCAGGUACAAUUUCUUCGCAAGGAUCUGUGGAAAAUGUUCCACUAUCAAAUCUUAGAUCUCCACUAGAGAAAAAACAAGUGGCACAUGACACCCCAAGUUUUCAGAGAGAACCAAAACAAACAUUAAUUCCUUCCCAACCCAUGUUAUUGAAUAAUACUAAACAAUAUCCUUCCUCAGUCAUAGGGGUUUCGUCUGUGGAAAGCUCACAGAAAGAAUCCAUACAAGGUCCUGAUUUUUCUAAGUCAAAAUCAUUACAGGAAUCAAUGGACUUUUCCACUAUCACAGGGUCAAAUAUAACAAGAGAAUCCUUAAAAGUUUCUCCAAUUUCCACUUCAACAUCUUCAAAACAUGUUGAAGAAAAUCUUCCAUCAACUACACUGAGUUCUUCAAAAGAUGUUAAAGAUCUAUCAUCUACAUUGAGACCUCCAAUAGAAAUUAUAGAGGAAAAAAGUGUCCAGUCUGACAUCCCAAUUUCACCAAAAGAAUCCAAACAAGGUUCCCUUCCUUCUAACCUUACUUUACCGGAUAAAUCUAUACAACAACUAGCUUUUUUAGGCACACAGGAUUUGUCUGGGGAAAGCUCAUGGAGAGAAUCCACAGAGGGUCCAGAUGUGGCUGACUCUGAGUCAUUGCAAGAAUCUUUACACAUUUCUAUUAUCUCUGAGUCAAGUUCAGCAAGCCAAUACCUAGAAGUUAUUCCUCUUUCCUCCCCACCUUCUGUUCAAAGAACUAAAGAAGGCUUUCCAUCAUCUAUCUUGAGAUCACCAGAAAAAAUCACAGAAGAAUUUGCAGAGGAGGAGAAGAUCCAGUUAGCUAUCCCAAGUACACAGACAGCAUCCGAACAGGCUCCAUCUAGAAAAAUGUCACUAAGCAAAGCUACACAAUAUCCUUCUUUCACAAGUUUACAUUCUGUAGAAAGCUCAUGGGAAGAGUCCAUACAGGAUCCAGAUGUUUCUGCAUCAAAAUCACUGCAGGAAUCCUUGGACUUUUCUGUUAUCUGUAGUCCACGUUCAACACAAGAAUCCUUGGAACUGCUGCCUCUUUCCCCUGCAGCUUCUUCACAAGGCGCUGCAAAAGGUCUUCAGUCUUUAGCCAUGGGAUCUCCAGAAGAAAUCACCGGUAGAGAGAGUGUCCAAAGUGACACCCCACCAAGACAAGACAAACAAGCUCCCCCUCCUCAUAGCUAUACUUCACAAAGUGAAGGAGUACCAUUUCCUUUUUUUUCAAGCCAAAAAGUCUUACCUCUAGAAAGCUUCCAGACAGCAUCUAUACAACCCACAGAUAACUAUGAAUCAAAAUUAACAGGAGAAUCUAUGGGCAGUACCAUUUUGGGCAAGGAAGGUUCAACAGGAGAAUUUUUACAAGUCCCUCUUCUUUCCAUUUCACCUUCUACAAAAGAACCUGAGGAAGGUGAUCAGUUAUGGUCUGCAGAAGAAGAUGUAGAGCCCGAAAAUGUUCAGUCUGUCAUCCAAAGUUCACUGGCAACAUCCAAACAAGCUUCCCCUCCUUCCAGAAAAAUGUCACUAAGCAAAGCUACACAAUAUCCUUCUUUCUCAGACACAAGUAUACAUUCUGUGGAAAGCUCAUGGGAAGAAUCCAUACAAGGUCCAGAUGUCUCUGCAGCAAAAUCACUGCAGGAAUCCUUGGAUUUUUCUGUUAUCUGUAGUCCAUGUUCAACACAAGAAUCCUUGGCACUGCUGCCUCUUUCCCCUGCAACUUCUUCACAAGGAGCUGCAAAAGGUCUUCAGUCCUCAGCCAUGGGAUCUCCAGAAAAAAUCACAGGUGGAGAGAGUGUCCAGAGUGAUACCCCAACUUCACCAAGACAAGACAAACAAGCUCCCCCUCCUCACAGCUAUACUUCACAAAGUGAAGGCAUACCAUUUCCUUCUUUUUCAAGCCAAAAAGUCUUAUCUCUAGAAAGCUUCCAGACAGCAUCUAUACAACCCACAGAUAACUAUGAAUCAAAAUUAACAGGAGACUCUAUGGGCAGUACCAUUUUGGGCAAGGAAGGUUCAACAGGAGAAUUCUUACAAGUCCCUCUUCCUUCCAUUUCACCUUCUACAAAAGAACCUGAGGAAGGUGAGCAGUUAAGGUCUGCAGAAGAAGAUGUAGAGCCCGAAAAUGUUCAGUCUGUCAUCCAAAGUUCACUGGCAACAUCCAAAAAAGCUUCCCCUCCUUCCAGAAAAAUGUCACUAAGCAAAGCUACACAAUAUCCUUCUUUCUCAGACACAAGUAUACAUUCUGUGGAAAGCUCAUGGGAAGAAUCCAUACAAGGUCCAGAUGUCUCUGCAGCAAAAUCACUGCAGGAAUCCUUGGAUUUUUCUGUUAUCUGUAGUCCAUGUUCAACACAAGAAUCCUUGGCACUGCUGCCUCUUUCCCCUGCAACUUCUUCACAAGGAGCUGCAAAAGGUCUUCAGUCCUCAGCCAUGGGAUCUCCAGAAGAAAUCACAGGUAGAGAGAGUAUCCAGAGUGACACCCCAACUUCACCAAGACAAGACAAACAAGCUCCCUCUCCUCAUAGCUAUCCUUUACAAAGUGAAGGCGUACCAUUUCCUUCUUUUUCAAGCCAAAAAGUCUUAUCUCUAGAAAGCUUCCAGACAGCAUCUAUACAACCCACAGAUAACUAUGAAUCAAAAUUAACAGGAGAAUCUAUGGGCAGUACCAUUUUGGGCAAGGAAGGUUCAACAGGAGAAUUUUUACAAGUCCCUCUUCUUUCCAUUUCACCUUCUACAAAAGAACCUGAGGAAGGUGAUCAGUUAAGGUCUGCAGAAGAAGAUGUAGAGCCCGAAAAUGUUCAGUCUGUCAUCCAAAGUUCACCGGCAACAUCCAAACAAGCUUCCCCUCCUUCCAGAAAAAUGUCACUAAGCAAAGCUACACAAUAUCCUUCUUUCUCAGAUACAAGUAUACAUUCUGUGGAAAGCUCAUGGGAAGAAUCCAUACAAGGUCCAGAUGUCUCUGCAGCAAAAUCACUGCAGGAAUCCUUGGACUUUUCUGUUAUUUGUAGUCCACGUUCAACACAAGAAUCCUUGGCACUGCUGCCUCUUUCCCCUGCAACUUCUUCACAAGGAGCUGCAAAAGGUCUUCAGUCCACAGCCAUGGAAUCUCCAGAAGAAAUCACAGGUGGAGAGAUUGACACCCCAGGUUCACUAAGACAAUCCAAACCAGUUCCCCCCCCUCAUAGCUAUACUUCACAAAGUGAAGGCGUACCAUUUCCUUCUUUUUCAAACCAAAAACCCUUGUCUCGGGAAAGCUACCAGAAAGGAUCUUUACAAGGACCACAUUUCUCUGUAUCAAAAUCCUUGAUAGAAUCUUUGGACUUUUCUAUUACCUCUAGGCCAAGCCCAACAAAGGAAUUCUUUGAAUUUCCUCUUCUUUCCCCUUCGAUUUCUUCAAAAGAGAUUGCUGAAGGUCUUCCAUCACUUGGAUUAAAGUGUCCAGAAGAAAUUAGACAAACUGAUAGUAUCCAGUCCUCUCCCCCAAGUUCAACAAUGGACUCCAGUCAAGCUUCCCUUCCUUCUAGCUUUCUGUCACUGAGUAAAGCUGUACAAUUUCCUUCUUUCUCAAACCACAUGAUAUUGUCUAUCACGAGCUCAAGGAGAGAGUCUAUACAUGGUCCCGAUUUUUCUGAAUCAUUUUCAUUGCAAGAGUCCUUGGAUUUAUCCAUUGUUUGUGAUUCUAUCUCAAGAGAAUCCUUAGAAGUUCCACUGCCUUCAAUUUUCUCAAAAGAAACCACAGAAAGCCCUCCAUCAUCUAGCUUAAGGUCUCCAGCAGGAUUGGCAGAAAGUGAAAGUUUCCUGUCUGCCACAUCUAAUUUGUCAAUAGAAUCCAAACAAGCUUACAUUCCUGGUAGCCUUAUUUCACUAAAUAAAGCUGUACAAUUUCCUUCUUUAUCAAACUCACGUAUUUCAUCUCUGACAAUGACAAACUCAUGGACAGAGUCAAUAGAAGCUCUGAAUUUCUCUGAAUCAAAUUUACUGCAAGAACCCUUGGAAUACUCUGUUAUCUCUGGGCCAAGUUCCACCACAGAAUCCUUAGAAGUGCCUCUUCUUUCCUCUUCAUUUUCUUCAAAAGGAGCUACAGAAGGUCUUCAGUCAUCUGGCUUCAGUUCUUCUGCACAAAUACUAGAGAAGGACAGUGUCCAAUAUGGUAUCCUAAACUCAUCAAGAGAAUCCAAACAAAUUUCUUCUCCUUCAAGACUUAAGUCAUUAAAUAAAGCUACACAAUUUCCUUCUUUUUCAAGUCCAACAAUUUUGUCUAUUGAAAGUUCACAAAGAGAGUCUAUAUAUGGUCCUGAUUUUUCUGAAUCAACUUCAUUGAGAGAAACUUUGGAAUUUUCCAUUUUUUCUAUGCCAAGUUCAAUACAAGAACAUUUAGAUGUCCCUCUCUUUCCCACUUCAAAUUCUUCAAAAGGAUCUCAAGAAGGUUAUUCGUUAUCUUGUUUAAGAACAGUAGAAUUGGGAAAGAAUGAAUCUAACCAGUCUACCAUCCCAUGUUCACCAACUGAAUCUAAAAAAACUUUCUCUACUCUUAGUGUUUUGUCGCUGAAUAAGGCUGUACAGUUUCCUUCAUUCUCAAACCUACAAGUCUUAUCUGUGGCAAGUUCAUGGAAAAAAUCGAUACAAGGUCGAGAUUCCAUUAGAAAAAAAUUAUUACAAGAAUCUUUGGAUUUACCUAUUAUUCCUGGGCCAAGUUUAAUAGAAGAAUCCUUAGAAAUUCCUUUUCUCUCCCCUUCAACUUCAUCAAAACUAUAUGAAGAAAAUGAGGCUCAUAAAGAAAAGCCUCCAUCAUUUGACUUAAGAUGUCCAGGGGAAUUAUUAAAGAAUGUUAUGGUGCAUUCCUCUACUCCAGGUUCACAAAAAGAAACUAGACGACCACCUCCAUCCAGCCUGACAUCACUGAAUAAAGCUAUACAAUUCCCUUCUUUAUCAAGCAUGAAGGUUUUGUCUGUGGCAAGGACACAAAGAGAAUCUUCUUUAACUUCAUCAAAACCAUCUAAAGAAAAGUCUCCAUCAUCUGACUUAAGAUGUCCAGGGAAAUUAUUGAAGAAUGAUAUGGUGCAUUCUUCUACUCCAGAUUCACAGAAAGAAACCAGACUACCUUUUCCAUCCAACUUGACAUCACUGAAUAAAGCUAUACAAUUCCCUUCUUUAUCAAGCAUAAAUGUUUUGUCUUUGGCAAGGACACAAAUGAAGUCUUAUAAAAGCUUAAAUUUCUCUAGAAAAACUUCACUGCAAGAAUCUUUGGACUUCUCCAUUACUUCUGGGUCAAAUUCCAUGAAGGAAUCAGUGGAAAUGCCCCUUCUUUCACUAUCAACUUCUUCAAAAGGAUCUGAAGAAAGUUUUCGAUCAUCUGGUGGCUUAUGGUUUCCAGUAGAACUGGCAGAGAAUGAGAAUGGUCAGUCUACCACUUCCAGUUCACCUAGAGAGUCCAAAAAGGAUUUGCCUACCUCUCUUUUAUCACUCAACAAAUCCUUGCAAUUUCCUUCUUUUUCAAUUACUAGGGUUUUAUCACAGACAAGCUCACACAAAGAGUCCAUACAAGGUCUGGAUUUCUCUGAAUCAAAUUCAUUACAAGGAUCUUUUGGCUUUUCUGUUAUCUCUGGGCAAAAAUCUACAACUCAAUCCUUAGAAAUCCUUCCUCUUUUCACUUCAAUUUCUUCAAAAGGAACUACUAAAAAUCUUCCAUCAUCUAGUUUAAAGUCUCCAGUAAAAUUGGCAGAAAAUGAGAGUGCUCAGUCUGUCAUUCCAAGUUCAUCAAGGGAAUCCAAAAGAGCUUCCUCUCCUAGUCUAAUAUCACGAAGAAAAGCUAUACAAUUUCCUUCUUUAGCUGGCUCAAGUCUUUUGUCUGUGGCAAGUUCACGUAGAGAGUCAAGUCAAGGUCAAGAUUUCCCUGUCCCAAACUCAAUGCAAGAAUCCUUUGAUUUUUCCAUUAUCUCUAGGCAAACUUUAACAAAAGAAUCCUUAGAAGUUCCUCUUCUUUCUAUAUUAACUUCUUCCAAAGGAACCAUGGAAAGUUUUCAGUCAUCUGGCUUACGUUCUCUAGUAGAAUUUGUAGAAAAUGACAGUACUCAGCCAGCCAGUUCCACUUCAUCAAAAGAAUCAGCAGCACGACCUUCACCUGCUGUUAGUCCUAGAUUAUUAAGUAAAACUUUUACAUAUUCCUACAACUAUGGACCAAGCAUAUCCCAACAUUCCAUGGAAGUUCCUGAUUUUUCUGUACCAACUUCACAUAAAGAAUCACUACAGACUCCUACUUUCUCUGGCCCAAAUUCAAUAAAGGAAUCCUUUCAAUUUCCUACUGUUUCUGAAUCAAGAUCAAGAAGAGAAUCCUUAGUAGUUCCUUCUCUCUAUACCUCUGGUUCUUCAAAAAUAUCUACACAUGUUCCUAAUUCUUCUGGCCUAACGUCAGCAACAGAAUAUGUAGAGAGCGAAUAUGCUCAUUCUGCCAGUCCAAGCUCACCAAGAGAAUCUGAACAACCUUCUCCAAUUGCCAGCCCCAGAUUACUGAAAAAGUCCAUGCCAUCUCUUUUCUCAGAACUAGGUAUUCUAAAACAAUCAGUAGAUGGUCCCUCUUCUUCUGUGUCAAGCCCACAGAGAGAAUCCAUACAAGGCCCAGAUUUUUCUGGAACAAAUUCAUUGAGAGAAUCUUUGAACUUUUCUAUUCUCUCACAGCCAAGUGUGAUAAAAAAAUCCCUAAAAGUUCCUUUUCUUUCUACUUCAACUUCUUCUACAGUACCUGGUCUUCUAUCAUCUGACUUACAUUCUCCACUAGGAUUGGCAGAGAAUGAACACACUCAUUCUGCUAGUCCAUUUUCAGCCAGAUAUUCCAAACUAGGCUCUCCUCCAUCCAGCCUUAUGUCACUGAAAGAAGCUAUACAAAUACCUUCAUUCUCAGGCCAAAGGAUUUUGUCUGUGCCAACUUCAAGGAGAGAGUCCAUACAAGGUCUGGAUUUCUCUGACCCAAAUUCAUUGCUAGAAACUUUUGUCUUUCCUAUUAACUCCAGGUCAAGUUCGCCAACAGAAUCUUUACAAGUUUCUUUUCUUUCCACAUUACCUUCUAAAGGGACUAUGGAAGAUUUUCAAUCAUCUGAUUUACAGUCUCCAGCAGAAUUUGUAGAAAAUGAUGGUACUCGGUCAGCCAGCCCCACUUCACCAAAAGAAUCAACAGCACAACCUUCACCUACUGCUAGUCCUAGAUUACUAAGUAAGACUUUUAUAUAUCCAUAUUGUUAUGGAGCAAGCAUAUCCCAAAAUUCCAUGGAAGUUCCUGAUUUUUCUGUGCCAACUUCACAUAAAGAAUCACUACAGACUUCUUUCUCUGGCCCAAAUUCAAUAAGGGAAUCCUUUCAAUUUCCUAUUAUCUCUGAGUCAAGAUCAACAAAAGAAUCCUUAGUAGUUCCUUCUCUCUAUACCUCCAGUUCUUCAAGAAUAUCUACACAUGUUUCUUUUACUUCUGGCCCAAAGUCACCCACAGAAUAUAUAGAGAAUGAAUAUGCUCAUUCUGCCAGUCCAAGCUCACCAAGGGAAUCUGCACAACCCUCUCCUAUUGCCAGUACUAGAUUAUUUAAAAAGUCCACGCAAUCUCUUUUCUCAGAACUAGAUGCUCUAAAACAAUCAUCAGAUGAUCCCUCUUCUGUGUCACGAAGGGAAUCAAUACAAAGUCAUGCUUUUUCUUUCACAAGUUCUCUGAAAGAAUCCUUUGAAUUUCCCAUUAUCUCCAGGCUAAGUUCAACUAGCGAUUCUUUAGAAGUUCCACCCCUUUCCACUCCAAGUCUAUUGAAAGGGACUACAGACUUUCCUCCUUCCUUUGGUUUGAGGUCCUCAGCAGAAUAUUCAGAAAGUGAGAUUAUCCAGGCUUCUAGCCCAAAUUCACCAAGAGAUUCUGGACAAUCAUCUCCUGCCACCAGCCCUAGAUUAUUGAAAACAUCUGUAGCAUUUCCUGUUCUCCCAGAAUCAAUUGUAUCAAAACAAUCCAUAGAAGGUGGUUCUUCUUUUAUUUCAAGUUCAUACACCAAAGCCUUUGAAUUUCCUAUUUUUUCUGGAUCAAGUUCAAGAGAAUCUGUAAAUAUCCCUCCUCUUUUCAUUUCAAAUUUAUCCAAAGGAGCAACAGAAGUUGUUCCUUCCUCUGGCAUAAGUACAUCAAUAGAAUUCAAAGAAAGUGAAAUUGCCUGUUAUACCAGCCCAUGUUCACCAAAAGAAUCUGUACAACCUCCUGCUGCCAACCUUGGAUUACCAAGUAAAUCAUCAGUUCCUUUCUUAGAAUCAGGUAUAUUGAAACAAUCCAUGGAAGGUCUUCCUUCUUCUCUGGCAAGUUCUUGGAGGGAAUCCAUACAAGGCCCUACUUCAUCUUCCCCAAAUUCACUGAAAGAAUCCAUAGAUGUUUUCCCUGCUUCCACUUUGAAUUCAAGAGAAUUUACAGGAGUUCUUCCUUUCUCUGUUGUUAAGUCAUCAAUAGAAUUUGAAGAGACUGAGACAGUAUAUUCUUCAAGUUUCCCAAGAGAAUCUGCAGAAUUUUCUCCUACUAUCAGUCCUACAUUAUCAAAUAAAUCAUUACCACUUCCUCCUUUUUCAGGAACAGAUAUACCAAAACAAUCCAUGGAAGUAUCGUCUUCCAUCUCAGGUUCAAGAAGAGAAUCUAUACAAGGACCUGCUUUCUUUGUCCCAACCUCAUUGAGUGAAUCAUUUGAUUUUCUAAUUAUCUCUGGACCAAAUUCUGUAAGAGAAUCAUUGGAUAUACCCCUUCUUUCCACUUCAAUUUCCUGGAAAGACUCUGUAAACAGUCUGUCUUCUUCUGGUGUAAGGUCACCGAUAGAAUAUUCAGAGAGUGAGACUGCUCAUUCUCCAAAGUCCAGUACACCAAAAGAGUCUAUACAGGUUUCCCCCACCAUUAGCCCAAAUGUAGUGAGAAAAUCAAUUCAAUCUCCUUCAUUAUCAGGGCUAAAUUCACUAAGAGAAUCUUCACAAGUUUCUCUUAACUCUAAUCCCAGAUUAAGCAAACCCUUGCAUUUUUCUUCUUUCUCUGGAUCAAGUGUGUCAAAACAAUCUGCAGAAGUGCCUGCUUCUAUUUUGGGUUCAACAAGAGAAUCAAUACAAGCUUCUGCUUUCUCUAUCCCAAAUUCACUGAGAGAAUCCUUUGAAUUUUCCUAUUUUUCUGGACCAAAUUCAAUAAGAGAACCUUCAGGGGCUCAACCUCUUUCCACUUCAAGUUCACUGAGAAGAUCUACAAAUAUUAAUUCAUCAACUGUCUUGAAGCCUCCAAUAGAAUAUUCUGAGAGUGAAAAUACCCAUUCUACUAGCCCAAGUUUGCCAAAAGAAUUCAAACAAACUUUCCUUAACACUAGCCCCAUAUUAUUGAAUAAAACCUUUCAAAUUAAUUCUUUCCCAGAAUCAAAUUCAUCAAAACAAUCCACAAAAGUACCUCCUGCUUCCAUGCCAAGUUCACAGAGACAAUCAAUACAAGGUCCUGAUUUCUCCAUUCCAACUUUACAGCAAGAAUCCUUUGACUUUCCUGUUUCCUCUGGGCCAAGUUCAAUAAGAGAAUCCUUAGAAGUUUCUCCUCUUUCUACUUCAAGAUCUUCAAAAGACUCUAAACACAUUCUUUCUUCAUCAGGUUUAAGGUCGCCAGUAGAAUAUACAGAUAGUGAAAGUCUUCAUUCUGCCAGCUCAAGAUCACCAAAAGAAUCCAAAAAACCUUUUCCUCCCUCCAGUCCAAAUUUAAUUGGCAAAUACCCACAAGUUCUUCCUUUUUCAGAGUCAAAUGUGGCAAAAAAAUCCAUAGAAAUUUCUGAUUUCUCUGUUUCAAAUUCACAGAGGGAAUCCAUACAAGAUCCAGCUUUCUUUGACUCAAACUCUUUGAGAAAAUCCUUUGAUUUUCCCAUUUUCUCUGAGGCAACUUCAAUAAGACAGUUUUUAGAUGUUCCCCUUCUUUCAUCUAGCUUGAGAUCCCCAAUUGACUAUGUAGAGGGUGAAAGAGCCCAUUCUCCUAGCCCAGGAAGAGAAUAUAUACAACCUUCCCACCUUUCAAGCCAAAAUUUAGGGAGCAGAUCUAUGCAAUUUCCUUCCUCCUCAAGUCCAAAUGUAUCAAAACAAUCAAUGGAAGCUCAUGUUUCCCCGAUGUUAAGAUCACAAAAAGAAUCUAUACAAGAGACAACUUCAUCAGCCCCAAAUUCACUGAGAGAAUAUUCUGAAUUUUCCAUUUUCUCAGGGAUGGGUGCAAGAGAAUUUUUAGUAGUUCCUCCUCCCUACUCUAUAUCGAAUUCACCAAAAGAAUCUUUACCAGUUAUUCCAAUUUCUGACUUGACAUCAGUGAAAGAACCUGAAGAUGACAACAUUUCUGCUGCAGUCAGCCAGCAUUCAGUGAGUGAUUUCAUGGGGAAACUAGCAUUUGUGGGCUCAAGUUUCAGGACAGAAUUCAUGCAAGUUCAUCCUCCCUUGAUUCCUAGUCAUCCACAAGAAUUCUCUGAAGGUCUUCAUCUUCCCAGUAUAGGUUCAAAGAGAGAAUUCAUUCAAGUUCUUCCUACUUUUAGCCAAAGUUCACAAAAAGAGUACAUGGAUCACUUUCAAUCUAGCAGCUUCCAGAGAGAAUCCAUUCAAAUGUCUUAUUCUUUGAGGCCAAGUUCUCCAAAAGAGUCAAUAGAGAUCUCUCCCACCACUGUCAGCUCCCAAAGAGAAAUUAUUCAAGUUUCUGAUAUGUCCAUCCCAAGUUCACAGAGAGAAUUCAUAAAUCUCCCUUCCUUCAGCAUCAAUUCCCAGAGAGAACUGAUUCAAGUCCUUGUUUCUAGGACCCCAAGUUUGCUGAGAGGUUCUCUAGCUCUAUCUAGCAAAACCAGUUCCCAGGGAGAAUCAAUCAAAUUUCCUGAUUCUUCAAUUCAGAGUUCACUGAGAAAAUCCAUGGAACAACUUCACUCUAACAUCAGCUUCCAGAGAGAACCCAUUCAACUUCCUGUUUCUUCUAGCCUAAGUUCACAAAAAGAGUCACUAAAUGUUGCUCUAUCCACUUUCAGCUCACAGAGAAAACUGAUUCAUGUUCUUUUUAAAACACCAAGUUCACUGAGAGUAUCUCUAAAUCUUCCUCCUUCCAGCAUCAGUUCUCAGAGUGAACUCAUUCAAAUUCCUCUCUCUUAUAGCCAAAGUUCACUAAGAGACUCUAUGGCUCUCCUUCCCAUCAACCCCCACAGAGAACUGAUUCAAAUUCCUGUUUCUUAUAGUCCAAAUUCACAGAGAGAAUAUUUGAGAGUUCUGCUUUCCAGAUUCAGUUUCCAGAGAGAAUCAGUUCAAGUUCCAGUGUCUAAUAGUUUAAUAAGUUCAUUGACAAAAUCAAUGGGUCUCCCUUCCUCUGGUAUCAGUUUCCAGAAACAAUCCAUUCAAAUUACUGAUCCUUCUAGCAAAACUUCACAGAAAGCGUCCAUAGAUCUCUCUCCCUCCAGGAUCAGCUUCCAGAUAGAGUCCAUUCAAGUUCCUGUUGCUUACAGAGAAAGUUCACAGAGAGAGUCCAAGGAUCAUCCUCCUUCCAUCAUCAGCUCACAAAGGGAAUCCAGUCAAGUUUCUGAUUCUUUCACAUCAAUUUCAUGGAGAGAGUCCCUGGAUCUUCCUCACUCCAGCUUCAGCUCCCAGAAGGAAUUCACUCAAAUUACUGAUUUUUCCAAACAAACUUCACAGAGAGAGAGCCCUCCCUCCCUUCCUCCCUCCAGUAGUAGCUCUCAGAAAGAAUCCUUUCAUUGUUCUGAUUCUUCCAACCCAAGUUCACAGAUAGAUUUUACUGCUCACACUCCUCCUAGCAUCAAGUCCCAGAAAGAAUCCACUCAAGUUCUUGUUUCUUAUAACAAAAGUUCACAGAGACUGUCCAAGAAUGAUUCUUCCUCCAAGAGCUCACAGGGAGAAUCCUUUGAAGUUACUGAUUAUUCCAGUGCAAGUUCACAGAGAGAGGCCAUGAGUUUCCCUCCCUCCAGCAGCAGCUCCCCAAAAGAAUCUAUUCAAAUUUCUGCUGCUUACAGCCCAAGUUCACAAAAGGAGUUAAUAGAAGUUCUCCUGUCCUCUAGCCCAAUCUCCCAAAGAGAAUUUAUGGAAGUUUCUACUUCCUUUGGUCUUAGUCCCUCAACAGAAUUCAUGCAAAGUCCCCUUUCCUCUGCCCGAAGUUCACUAAAAGAUUUCAUAGAUGUUAUUUCUUUAUCUGGUCCAGAUUCAUCAGAAGAAUUUGUGGGCACUCCUCUUUCCCCUGGCCAAAGUUACAUGCAAAAUUUCAUUGAUAAUCUUCCUUUAUCAGGCCCAGUAUCAUCGGAAGAAUUCAUGGAUGUUCUUGCUUCACCUUCCCCAAGAACAACAAAGGAAUUCAUAGAAAUUCUUCCUUUCUCAAAGGUUUUGCCAAAUGAAUCCAUACGGGAUUCUCUUUCCUCUGAAGAAUUAGUACAAUUUCCUGCUUCUUCUAGAGAACAUUCACUAAAAGAAUACUUUGACAUCCUCCCUUUUCGAGGACCAAGUCCACCAAGAGAAUCUAAACAAACCCAUGUUCGAACUUCGUUUUUCUCAAAUGAUGAUGUGGAUGAGUUCUUUGACAUUCAAGUCCCCUCUUGCUCCUCACAUCACUGGAGAGAACCCAUGCAAGUGCCCUUUUCCCCUUGUCCAAGUUCAGUGGAUAAAUCUAUAAAGUCAUCCUCAGCCAAAAGAAAAGAAAAACGUGUCAAAAAACCAGUCAAACGUACAAAGUCUUCCAAAGAGGAAAAAGAACCCAUGCAGAUCCCAUAAUGUUAAUGGAAAAAACCUCACUGUUGUCAAGUCUUCCUGUCCCCACCCCCAUCCACUCACACCAAUUCAUUCAAGUCCACUAAGCCAUAUAGUAUAUGUAGUAUCAUUACUAUACUAGGCCUCUAAGACUUGAAUAAAGUGUAAAACAAGAACUUUGGUCCUCAUUAAAAUCAAAACUAAAACUUAGCAAAUUCUAAUUGUUAUU